CCAGUUAAUCAGAGGGUCGUAGCAUAUAUAGCAGCGCAGUAAAUGAACGAUCGAGCCGUCGUCCACCGCCGACAACGUGGUCGCUCGCAAGGCCGUGAAGGGGACGGCGGCGAGGCCUCGCGCCACGGCGCCCAGCCACACAUACCCCCGUGCGCCCACGUGCCCCCGUCUCCAACCGCAAGUCCACACUCCCCUCCCUAGCUAGCUCGCUCGCUCGCUAGCUACACGUACACCACGCCGCCCGUGCUACUUAGCUAGCCAGCCAGCCAGCCCGUCCUCCUCCUCCUCCUCCUCCUAUAUUACGGCGCCGUGCAGGCCGUCGUGGGCGUGGCGCAGCCUCUCCAUACUGGAGUACUACUAGCCAACGACUGCGCGCUUGGACGCACGUACAUAGGCACGCGUGCGCGAGGAGCUAGCCAGUGCAUGCGUAGCCGGACACUACAGGGCGCACUUCGAACGCGCCGGCUGGGAGCUGAUCGAUCGAGUGAGCUGAGUGGCCAACGCAGCUAGCUAGCUAGGCACGUAUACGCCGUCGUCCACUCGGGCCCGGCGCCGCGCGCGCGCGAGAGCGAGAACGAGGGUAUAGAUAUCGAGAGGGAUGGGGAGGGCGCCGUGCUGCGAGAAGGUUGGGCUGAAGCGCGGGAGGUGGACGACGGAGGAGGACGAGAAGCUCGCCGGCUACAUUGCCAAGCACGGCGAGGGAUCCUGGCGCUCGCUGCCCAAGAAUGCAGGGCUGUUGCGGUGCGGAAAGAGCUGCAGGCUGCGGUGGAUCAACUACCUGAGAGCCGGCGUGAAGCGGGGGAACAUCUCCAAUCAGGAAGAGGACGUCAUCAUCAAGCUCCACGCUACCCUCGGGAACAGGUGGUCCCUGAUCGCGAGCCACCUCCCGGGGAGGACGGACAACGAGAUCAAGAACUACUGGAACUCGCACCUGAGCAGGCAGAUCCACACGUACCGGAGGACGUACACCGCCCCCAGCGAGGCCGCCGUGACCAUCGACGUGACCAAGCUCCAGGCCGCCGGGAAGCGCCGCGGCGGCCGGACCGCCGGGCAGUCGCGGAAGGGCGACAAGAAGCGCGCGGAGGACGACCCGCCCAAGGAGACCGCCGCCGCCGACACGCCGUUGCCGGAGUCGAGCCCGCGGCGCGCGCAGAGCGACGAGGCGCGGAGCGGCAGCGUGGUGGUCGACCCGGAGGAGCCGAGCAGCCAGCCCAACAACGGCAGCAGCGGCGGCGGCGGCGGCACGCCGGACGGGCCGUGCAGCGAGGAGACAGCCACUGGGCCGACGUCGCUGGACCCGAUGGAGAUGGGCCUCUGGGAGGUUGAGAGCGAGUUCGCCGAGAUGGAGGCCCUUCUGUGCGGCGGUGUGGCGCCCGACGGCCCCGGGAUACCGGGGCUCGAGCCGCUGGACGUCGCGGCCCAGGCGGACGACCUGCUCGACAUGGACUGGGACGGCUUCGCGGCCGACCUGUGGGGCGAUCCGGCCCAGAGGGGCGGCCUUGUCCAAGACGCGGGCGAGCCAAACGGCUCGAUGGGCUGCAGCUCGGACGAGCUCGAGUCGUUCGCGAGCUGGCUCCUCUCGGACUCCUGCUGAAUUGAACCUAACCGUGACCAGCACAGCAGGGUUGGCGUCGUGGACUUGUACAAAUUUUGCUAGCUUUUUAGUUCUAGUUUGUUUCGUAGUUGUGGGCUUUCCUCUCUCGGUCUCUCGUGCAAUGGAGAGUCAUUUGCCUCAC